AUGAAAUAUCUUCGAUUCAUUUUACAUCUCUUUAUUACUUUUAUUACUUUAAUCACAAAAUCAUAUGCUCAAUUCAGUACUUCAAGUCUUUCUUCACAAUGUUCUUCGGCCGUUCAAACUUUUCUCAACUCGUCAGAAUUUAACGCAUGUUUCCCCUACAAUAAAUUAACUAGUCAAAUUAAUAGUGCUACGAGUUUUCAAAGUAUAGCAACAAGUGAAAAGCAAUUAAUAAGUGUUGAAGAUUCGGUCUGUAGCCUUCCAAAAUGCAGUGACUCUUUAAUUUCAAAUUUCAAUUCCACUUUUCAAUCGAAAUGCUCAGAUGAUAUCGCUAAAAAUAAUACUGAAACUAUGGGAAUAUAUGAUUUUAUUUAUGUAUAUUCCCCAUUUAGGGACUCAUUUUGCUUAAAAAAUUCUACAGGAGGAUAUUGUGUCAUUGAAACUUUAGAAAAUAUUGAAAAUGCUCAAAUUCAAGGUUCAUAUACAAAUCUGUCUUCAAAGGUUUUAUGUACAACGUGCAAUAAGGCGAUUGCCAAUACUUUGUUGAAUUAUAUGAAAUCACACCCCCCUCCAUCUGAUCUUAGCACUGCGUCUACUUUCUUAACUACUGAACUCAACCAAACGUGUGGUCCUUCAUUUUUAGAUGGAAAUGUUCCUUUGUCUGCGACUAGUGCUGGUGUAACCAUUUUUGAUAUGAGUUUUGCCAC